UGUAUAGCAUUAGUGUGCAAUGAGCAUGCACUUGAGGAGUGAGAACCAAGCACACGUUGCUUGCUUAUUUUAAAAGUAAGUGCCGUAGUGUGUGCACGCGAUUGUAACAUAACAAAUCCGAGGCAAAUUGAAUCGCAUAGCUGUCGAGGUCCGUGCGCAUCGUGUUCAGAAUAAUAAAGAGCGAAGACAAAUAAACUCUCAAGACCAUGUGUGGUUAGGUCGUGAAUGGUGAUAGAACAUUCAAGUUGUGUUCUCAAGGGUAAUUUAGCUAGUAUUAAUUGUGUAAGUGAUUAAUUAAUAUGCCUGGACACGCCAGUAGUCCGUAUUGGACCGCAGUGGAUUUCGACAGUGAAGAAGACGAGCGUUCCGCGCCCAAUAACAGAAUGUAUCUUGAUCCUUGGGAUAACGAUGCUUUCUCAAGAAUGAAAGAAGAAUCGAUAGAUUCUAGUCAGGAUCAUUUCAAUUCCAUUGCUGGGGAGCCAGUCAGUGCUAGUUUCUACUAUGUACCAACAAAAAAUUAUGAUUCGUCAGAGGAAAAGCUACCACCGACCAAAAGAAUUAUCCCAGAAGAAAUUAUAACACCUGAUCAUUCAAUCUAUAAUCGAAAGAUGUCGAGAUCCAUGAUUCCCGACCGAUAUGACAUACCGAUUUAUGCUCAUAGACCUGUCGGUGAGAGAAGGCGAUCUACGUAUAUAGGAGAACCUAUGUACGCCCCUCAUCCCAUGAUAUACGAGAGUAUUUAUGGCCCUAUGCCAAUACCUCCGCCUGGAUACGUGCCUCUCCAGAGACCACGAGUUUCUAUUACGCAUCAUCCAGAUUACGUGUCAGUAAACAGCUAUAACAAGAAUAGAAGACAUUCCAGAAUGGCAGAAGCUUAUGAACACUAUAUGUACGAGAGCCUUCCACAAGAUUAUGAAGAUUGGGCGCAUCCAAUGCCUAAAGCAGCACCAACCAAUUUCCACCUAUCGAGGUAUGGACAUUUACAAAUCGACUAUUCAUGCAGCUGGAAUUCUCUCGAUAGACUCAUACGAAAUCAUUAAGGAAGUUCAUAUCUGGUACCAAACGAGUAAAAAGUACUUGACAUAUUUGUCUACUAUGUUAUCAAGACUAAUUGAUGUAAUAGUUGAUAUAUUAACAAUCAUGAUCGAUAUUAAUUAUUACUGUCACUGGUCUUGUUUUCUAUUCCUAAACUGUAAAUUUUAAACAUGAACGUACUACAUGGUAAUACGUGCAUGUAUAUAUUUUUAUUAGCUUAUUAUGAUUUGUUAAAUCUUUUUACCACUUAUUAUAAGUUAACGUGUAAGUAUAUUAUAAUCUAGUAUAUUACCUACACAAUACUAUGUGUAUGUAAUAUUGUGUUAUAAUAAAACAUAUUAACAUAAAUAUUGCAUUCACAUACAAAUUGUUUUAAAUAAAUUAAGGCAACUGCCAAAGAUGUACCCGCUGUAAAAUCUACUUAUAAAUAUAACUUGUUUUUUUUUCUAUUUACAUUUUCUUAGAUGCUAUCUAUUAUAAUAAUAAUUUGUAUUCUAAUGUUUAAGAAAUUUGAUAUCAUUAAGAAUGAUAUUACCAAAAUAUAAUUAAAUUGAUAUUUUAAUAAG